GUCAGUCAAACGCCGGAGCUGCUGGAGAACGGACUGAAACAUGCAAGACCACCGCUGGAUGCACUUUAGCCAUGGCAGCGUACCGCCAAAUGCCGUGGUGGCUGGCCACGACUCCGACGGCGACACGAUCUUCGUGGGACGCGCCUUCUUCAACAACGACAUGCUGCCCGCCAAGGUGAUUCCCAACAAGGGCAAGGCCUACGUGGCGUAUGCCCGCGAGGAGCACGAGCUGGAGAACUACGAGGUGCUGUCCGGCUUCAACUACGAGUGGCUGCCGGCGGAGAACGGCCAGGUGCCGCCCGGAGCCGUCAAGGUGGGCCAGAACGUGGACGGGGAGUACCUGUACGCGGGCCGGGGCUACCAUGCCGGCAGCCUAACCGUGGGCAAGGUGCAUCCCUCGCAUGGCUGCCUGUACAUACCCUACGACUCCGACGAGGUUAAGAUCUUCUCCUACGAGGUGCUGAGCCAGCCGGAGCGCUGGAUUGACACCACGGCCACGAAUAUACCGGAUGGAGCUCUGGUGGCGGGCCACGACUCCAACGGGGACACCAUCUAUGUGGGACGCGUGUUCCGCAACGGCGACUUGCUGCCCGCCAAGGUGGUGCCGGCCAAGGGCAAGGCCUAUGCCGCCUACGCCCAAGCGGAGCACGAGCUGACCGAUGUCCAGGUCCUAACCGGAGCCGGCUUCCGCUGGGUGCCCGCCUCCCACGGCAAUGUGGUGCCCGGCGCCCUGUCCUCCGGCCCGAACGUGGACGGAGAGCCCCUGUACGUGGGCAGGGCCACCUAUUGCGACAGCCUGAGCGUGGGCAAGAUCCAUCCCUCGCAUGGCUGCAUCUACAUCCCCUUUGGCGGCGAGGAGGUGCGUCUGGAGCACUACGAGGUGCUGGUCCGUAUUUAAGGAGAUGCCUGCUGAUCUUUUUUGAUAACUUUUUUUGUUUUUAAUUAAAUAUACUGGUUUACUGGUGCCACUU